UACCAGAGUGCCGCUUCCCCGCGCAAAUGCACGUCAGCAGCUGAGCUUCUGCUUGGACACCAAUCUCACGGUCUCACCCCAGAGUCCCAGACUCCAGACACCAGACACCAGACACACCUUUCAUCCUCCUCAGCACAAUCAGCAAGCCUUCACCAAGUGAGCUGUACAUUAACCUCCCCCUUUCAUCUUCUCUGCUUCAUAGCGCCAUGUCCCAAUCACAACCUAUGGAUGGCGCCGCCACCUUCAACCAGAUGGCGGCCGACUACGACGCCCUGAUCGGCGGCGCGACACGCGCGCUCUUCCAACACGUCCUCACACUGAUGAACACCAUCAAGCCCAUGGACUCGUCCUCCGUCGUCCUGGACAAUGCGUGCGGCACAUGCGUCGUGACGGCCGAGAUCCUCGCCCAGGCACCCGACGUCCGCCUCCACGCGGUCGACGUGGCGCCCAACAUGGUGCAGCUGGCCAAGGCCAAGUUUGGCGACCGCGACAACGUCCGUCUGGCCGUCAUGCCGGGCGAGCAGCUCGACUUCCCAGACGACACGUUCACGCACUCGGUGACCAACCUGGGGAUCCUCUUCUUCGAGUCCCCCGCCAAGGGCGCGCGCGAGAUCUACCGCACGCUCCAGCCGGGAGGCGUCGCGGCCGUCACGUCCUGGGCGCGCCUGGGCAACUUUGAGGAUGCCAUCAACCCUGCGCAGCGGGCGGCGCGCCCCAACGAGCCGGUCCUGCACAGGCUGCCCAUCAAGCCCGAGUGGUUCGACGCGGAGCACGCGGGCCAGGUGAUGCGCGACGCCGGGUUCGAGGACGUGCGGGUGUCCACGAAGCAGGUCCGCUACGGUGCCGCGACGAGGGAGGCGCUGGUGAGUGUCAUUGUGCGCUCGGGGCGGCAGACGUUUCUCAAGGACUACACGGAGGGUGAGUUGAAGGUGUACGAGGAGGCGCUGGACCAGGCCAUGGAGACAAAGGGCGCGCGCUACACGAUGCCUGAUGGGCAGCCAGGCUGGGGGGUGACGAUGGACGGUAUUGUUGUUGUGUGCUGCAAGUAAUUGAUUAGCUCUGAGCUACUCCGUACCAAGUAUGUAGAUCAAUCAGCCUCUAAGCCUCUGUCCGUACGCUGCUCAGCCUUGCGAUUGACAGGGUGAUCGCCACGGGCAUUCUAGCGUCAUUGGACCCUGCGUUGCCUGCGCCGUCAUGAUCGACGUGGUGGGCAGCGUGUGGCGAGUCUGUGCUGCGCAAUGCCUUUUUAACGCGGAGUGCGUCAGGAGGACGGGGACGCAGCAAUUAUUAUAUAACAUUUUCAAGUCCAUCGUUGGAUCUGGG